AGGCGUUCAACAACAAAAACAAAAACAAAAAGAGAAGCAGUUUCAAUAUGGCGAUGGAAGGUUAAGAAAAAUAAACUCUGUCUCGAACGAUGAUUAAAAUGGAUUCAUGUAUGAUAUUAUGAUUUUAUUGUGUUUGAGAGUGCAUGUGAAUGUUCUCCUAGCAUGCUAGUUUGUUACUAUUGCCUAUGCACACUGUCAUCUGACUGCCACCAUUAACCAAAAUCCCCAUGGAGCAUGAAAAUGACAAAGAUGAGCAGUCAUCUCUUUUAACUGGCUCCUUUUGUAGUUCACAUACUAUGUGCAGAGGAAACUUGAGUUCUUGUGGAGGAAAACUCAGUGGCACAAUGGCAUGCGAUUCGCAAUCUCAAACUCCAAGUACUCUGCAUUGUGAAAAAACCUAUGAUUCAUCCAAUGACUUAUCAUCAUGGUCGGAGCCUCUUGCUAUCAAGCCACCACCAGAGUUUCAGGAUUCAUCUCCUUAUUCAAGUACUCCACAGGAUUCUCCAUUCACUUCACCUCAGGUGACUUUAGGGAGAUCAAUACGUCCUCAUGCUUCAGCCAUAACCCCAGCUCGAGUGUUACCUGCACGUCUUCAUCCUGGAGUACCAGAAUGGCUUGAGAAAAUGGCUGUUAAAAUGGUGACACAGGUUUUAGAAGAAGCCCUUUUGGUAUCAGGGGAAGUUUCGUGGUCCAUCCACUGUUCAGAAGACUGCCACCCAAGAAGAAAAAGUGAGAAAAAAUUUUCACUCUCAUCUGAAGGACAACAGUCGCUAGGUUUACGUUAUUGCUGGACACCUGAGUUGCCAUACCUGCUUUGCAGACCUGCAUCUAGAAGCUCUCUUUCAUCAAGACUGUCCAGCUCUCACAAUUCACUAUCUGUCCCUGCAGCUAACAGGGUAGAUGACUCCAGUUUUAUUACGUCAGCUAUGUCUCAUGAAGUUUUAUCCACAGGAGACAUAUGUGACAUGUAUAAUGUCCCAGUAGAUUGUGAUGUUUAUGCUGUACCAGUUGAUAUGGUGCGGCCACCUGUUCCAGUACCACCUCAGCGUCAAAAGCGACAAAGACAUCAAAGACGAAAAAGAAAACAAUCAGAGAAAUCAGAAAUAGAGUCUAGUAAAGGCAAAACAGUUUCUAGUCAUACUAUGAUUCAGCCCAGAGUGUUGCUACCUGAACAAGCUGUACAGAAAAGGCAUAAUCGUCCAGGAAGAUCAGCCAGUAUGGAAUGUGCCACUCCAGGGGAACCAAUACACAUGACUUUAGCUGAAGUGAGACGUUACCUGUCCUCUCUAUAUUCUAGUUCUAGUGAUUCCUCAGAAUAUCGCAAGAAACCAACUACGUGUUUGCAGUCACGGCUACCUAAUUUGUCCAAGAACAAACGAGUUGAUGGGAAUGUCACAAUAGAAAACAUAGAUGACAACCUCAAUGUCACAUACAAUAAUCCAAUCAUGAAAUCUAACAGAAAAAGUACUUUCAGUAUCAAUGUCAGGAAUAAAAAAUGUAAAGACAAUGCUGAUGCAUUGGUUUUGGCUAGUCCUGAAGGAUCUGACUGCAUGCUCAUUCCAGAAGGGAAGCCCAAAAGAGGCAUGAGUUUUUCAUCUACAUUAAAGCAGACAUUCUGCAACAUGUUCCGAAUCCGUCGUCUCAUCUCACCUGAGCAUGCACCUGGCAGAAGGAGAACAAUUGGGGGAGGUAUUGAUGAUAUCUCAGAUGGUGUUGAUGGAAAUACAGUCAAUUCUACGUGUCAACAGAAGGCUCGAUUUUCUACAAGGGCCUUGCCACCACUUCCUGCUCGAGACAUUCCCUUGCAAGAGAAUACCUCAAGUGAAGAAGCACCUGUAGCUCAAGAAGAAAUUCUCAAUGAGGGUGAACCAAGUGUUGAUUUUGCAUCAAGUAUUGAAAAAGUGAAAGAUUAUGGCUGGUACUGGGGUCCUAUUUCGGGAGAAGCGGCUGAGAAAAUUCUAUCAAAUGAACCUGAUGGAUCCUUCAUUGUCCGUGACUCAAGUGAUGACCACUAUAUAUUUUCACUCACAUUUAAACUUAAUAGUUGUGUACGGCAUGUUCGUAUUGAGCAAGAUCAAGGUAACUUCAGCUUUGGAAGUUGUACAAAAUUCAAAAGCCACACAAUUGUAGACUUUAUUGAAAAUGCUGUUGAGCACUCUCGGUCUGGGCGUUACCUAUUCUUCCUCCAUCGCCGUCCUGUUCUUGGACCCAUGAGGGUUCAGUUGUUGCAUCCUGUUUCCCGCUUCAAACAGGUCCAAAGCUUACAGCAUAUGUGCAGGUUUGUAAUUUUAAAAGUUGUGAGGAGGGAUCUAAUUUCAUCUCUCCCCUUACCUCGGCGAGUUCUUGACUACCUGAGUACUCCUCAUUAUUAUUCUGAACAACUUGCGGAAGAGGAACAAAAUUGUCCUCCUUCAUCCCCCUCCUCUAAUGUAGAAGAACAAGGCCUUUACCCAUAUGUUGGUACCGGUAAUAUUUAAGCAUGUUGUGACAAAGUCAUUCACUCAGUGUAAGGAAAGUAAAAGAGACUUGUACUAUAGGAAAGAUUGAUUAAAUUAUUUCUGAAGAGUUUUAAUUUCUCAUGUAUGUUUUUCACUUUAGAUUUGGACCUAUAAGGUCAAAUUAAAUGGAGUUCUUCUUGUAUUUCUUAAGUUGAGAUGUAAGACCCUUAAGAAAUAAGGGUAUUGGCUUUACAAUUUAGAGUAUUGGAUUGUGUGGUAAUUUUAGUUAAGUUUAAGAAACACUAAAUUGAAAGGAGUUUCUUCCUCCAAAUCAUGUACAGAUGUCAAGAGUUUACUCUGACAACAUAAUCCUAGAUGUGUGUUUCAUUACUGUAACUUCUUUAGUUUCAUAAUCUACCUUCUUGGUGGUUGCUCUAGUCUCCUGUUUUCUCAAAUUUUCUGUUUUACUCUUUGACAAGCCAUGUGGAUAGUAAAGAUAUGAAAUUAAUCCCACCCUUAUCCAUCAAGCAAAAGUUAGUCUAUUAUUUGUUCAAGAAAGUUUUCCUGAAACAGAUGAAUACAUUUACAUGAAACCUUAUUACUUAUUUCUGGUAUUGUCCAUUUCUAUAUCUGAUGAGUGCCAUCAAUGAUGGAUGAAGUCUGUUGUGAAAAACAAAAUUGACGUUUAUUACCUUUACAUUGGGUACUUCUUAAGCCAGUUUUCGUUGAUACAUACUAUUAUUUCUUUAGGUAAUAGGUACCAAUUUGUGAGAAAUGAAAGUUUGUUUUUUUUAGUGUAGAGGUGCAAUACCUGCUCAAUGCAUGAUGCUUUGUGCUGUUUGACCAGAUUGAUUUGCAAUAUGAUUUGCAUCAGAGUUACAACCUACACCAUUAACCUAGUGUUCCUUUCAAAAAAAAUUUUUUUUGCUAUCAUUGCAAUUGUUUGUGAAAGUAGUUUUCUGCUUUGUAAUUUGAAUUCAUUCAGAUUGAGCGCAUCGCUAUAUUGUCUUCUUGUGUUUCUCAUAUUUAUUUGCCAAAUAUUUUUUCUAUUAAUCAAGGGGUUGAAUCCCUACACAAAGACCAAAGCUGUAUGUGAUUAAAAUUAUUUCUUUGAUUCUUUUUUAAUUUUUAUUUUUUAAGUUGUUGCUCUAAACACACCUUGUUUUUCAUGUGUAGCUAUAGUAUAUACCCUAUGUUGACGUGUCUGUUUAGGUUAUUUCGUAUUUCCUUGCAAUGUUCUCCUUUGAGUCAAUAUCUUUCUUAUACAGUAAUCCAUUAGUUUUAUCAUUACCGUACUCAAAAUGCUAUGCAAUAGUGACACAUCUUGUCAAAAUCCUGCUGCUCCACUUCGUUGAAGUCAAUGCACUUCUGUUCAUGAAGUUUUGUUAUCUUAAGUAAAGACAGGAACAAGGAAAUAAAAUAAUAAAAUUUA